AUGGAGCCUCAAACUAAACACCAAGUGCUUUGGGAUGGUGCUUCUCAGAAUUUUGACGAAGUUCGUGCUAUUUCUGGUGUAGAUCAAGUUCUUCCGAUUAGCGAAUUUCAUAAAUAUAUGUCAAGUGUAUUAAAAAAUGGAGCGGCACUUUCUGUUGACGUUGAUGCUUUAAUGGACGCAGUUGUUUAUGAACCUGACUUAAGAUCAAUCCAUCAAAUGUUAUAUAAUGGUGGUUUAACUCAUCAACCGCUGAAUGAUAAAAUUGAUCAACUUCGUUGGAGGAAAUCUAAACAUGAGCAGGAUUUGAUGCGUGAGACUUGCAGGAUUGGGUCUGAGUCGAUAAAUGCACUUUUAAGGGAAUGCUGUGAAGAGAGGAAUGAAUCCAAUAUUGUUGGCUUUUUGGACCACCAAUGUCGACGUAGAGGUGCAGAUAGAUUAGCAUAUCCCCCUGUUGUAGCUGCUGGGAACAAUGCAAACACAAUCCAUUACAUCUCUUCUAAUAAACCUAUUCGAAAAACCGAUUGUGUACUAGUAGAUGCUGGUUGUGAUCUCCAUGGAUAUGUUUCUGACAUUACAAGAUGCUUUCCAACAUCAGGAAGAUUCUCUGCUGUGCAAAGAACACUUUAUGAUGUUCUCAAUGAUAUACAAUCUCAACUUCUGCAUUAUGUUCAAACUGUGAGGCCGCUUCGUUUAAAUGAGCUUUACAAACACAUGGUCGAGCGCAUGGCAGAUUCUUUAUCUUCAAUUGUUUUCUUUCGAAAAGAUUUGUCACAGAAGGAAUUGAUCAAAGAAUGCGACAGACUCUGUCCUCAUCACGUAUCCCAUUACCUUGGCAUGGACGUGCACGACACCCCUUCAAUCGCCAAAAAUAUUGAAUGCCCUCCAGGUGUGAUUAUUACCGUUGAACCUGGCAUUUAUAUCAGGCCGGAGAAUACAGCCGUUCGGAAUGAGAAUUGGAUUCCGGAUAGAAGAUGAUGUCCUUUUGACGGAAACAGGUGCGGAAAUUCUUACGGCAAACUGCAUCCGUGAUCCAGAAGAUAUUGAAUUAGUU